AUGGAAAAAUGGGACGGAAAGAAAAAGAAAGUUAACCCCUUUUCCUUUCCUAUUGACCGUCACAUCUCUCUCUCUCUCUCUCUCUCUCUCUCUCGUUGUAUAUCAAAUUCAGAAAAUCCAGAAGAGCAGGAAGAAGGUGCCGUUAAGGUGGGGGGGAGAGAGAGAGAGAGAGAGAGAACACUGUUGCUCGACAUCAUCUACUCCAUCCUGCCUGAUGCUAUUUAUAGCCGUCAUAAACAGCUGAUCGUUUACCCCGACCCUAAGUCAUAUGGAUGGGAAUCCUCUUCUUCCGUGUCCUCUAAUGCUUACACACCCAAAGAUGAGCAUAAAAAAAUAGGCAAAAUAAAAGGUAAAAUAGUGUGCAGUCAAGUAAAUGGUCCUGUGAGCAGAACAUUAGGACAAAGUUUACUGCUGCAGCAACAGUUAAGGAAGUGCAGAGAUCCUUGCUGUACUACUGUUGAUGUCCCUGAGAGAGGCAGUCCACCUGUCUGUCAGUGUUGGUCUCAUGGCUCAAUUGUGAAGUGGCUAUGGAAAUGA